ACUCACACACACAUCUACAAAUACACAAAUACACACACAUACGUGAUUUACUGAGAACAAGCUGGCAGAAGGCAGGGAACAGCCCAACGGUCCCUUUCUUCGUCCGUUCGAGUAUUUCACAGAGCCAAAUGCCCGGUCCGACCCAAGCUCUGUCCCCCAAUGGAGAGAACAACAACGACAUCAUUCCGGACAACAACGGCACCAACAUCAUUCCCUAUAGAAAAAACACUGUGCGCGGAGAGCGCGCCUACAGCUGGGGGAUGGCGGUCAACGUGUAUUCUACCUCAAUCACCCAGGAGACUAUGAGCAGGCAUGACAUCACGGCCUGGGUGAACGAUCUGCUCUGUCUAAACUACACUAAAGUAGAGCAGCUGUCGUCAGGAGCAGCGUACUGUCAGUUCAUGGACAUGCUGUUUCCUGGCUGUAUCAGUCUUAAGAAGGUGAAGUUCCAGGCCAAGUUGGAGCAUGAGUACAUCCACAACUUCAAACUCCUGCAGGCAUCUUUCAAGAGGAUGAAUGUUGACAAGAUUAUCCCAGUAGAGAAGCUUGUCAAGGGACGAUUUCAAGACAACCUGGACUUCAUUCAGUGGUUUAAGAAAUUUUUUGAUGCCAACUACGACGGUAAGGAGUACGACCCGGUCCAAGCCAGACAGGGCCAGGACGCCAUCCCCCCUCCAGAUCCCGGGGAGCAGAUCUUCAACCUGCCCAAGAAAUCCCUCCAUGCUGCCAGCUCUCCCACCGCAGGAGCCACAAGGUCAGCCACUACAACACCUAAAUCCUCCACCUCCACCACCUCCACCUCUCGACCUUCCUCUGCCAAAAAGAUCCCUAUGAUGUCAGCGACACCCGCUAAGGGCGAGAAAGAGCUCGAAGCCCAAGUAACACAACUAAACGAACAGUUGAACACAUUAAAGCUAGCACUAGAGGGAGUUGAGAAGGAACGGGAUUUCUACUUUGGGAAGCUGAGAGAAGUUGAGCUUUUGUGUCAGGAGCAGGGUCAGGACAACGGCCCCUUCGUGGAGAAACUCAUGGAGGUGCUUUACUCCGCAGACGACCAGGAGGCUGGUGGCGAAGAACACGAGGCUCCGGCUCAGGAGGAGGACGUACCUGACGACACACAAGACGAAUACUGAACAGCUGUCAAUCAAUUGGAGCUGUCAAUCAAACUGACACCCGAACAAACAUUCACCCAGCCAGUGAACUGCUUUUGGGUUUUUCAUUUCCCCACACUCAUGACGGUUCAAUGUUCAUUUGCUCUUUCGAUGAAGGACUGAGACAAAUUGGCAAAAUUGGAGACAAUUUUGUUUUUGUGAUCAUUUUAAUUUUGAAGCCCUUAUGUACAUGUUUCCUGACAACAGCUUAAAUGACAACUACGUCACAGCGCAACUGCAUUACAUUUUUAUUUUGGCUGAAACAAGUUUUUUUUUUUUUUUAGUCUUACCA